AUGUUCACCACAAUGCAAUUCCCCAUUGCCAAGCUUUACCUCCUCUCGGCACUGGCUUCGUCCAGCCAAGCUUGGAAAUUGACCUUCCAGGGCACAAACGCCAACAAUAUUCUCAAGCUCAAUGGGCACGACGAUGUCAAGUGCAAAACCCUUCCAAACGGUGAGAGGUUCACCGUUAGGGGUAUCGACUUCGACAAAGACGACGGCGUCCUCCUGCCUGACGCCCGGUCAUUCAAGGUGUACUCGGGACCCGAUUGCUCUUCCGGGAGUGUCCAUACGUAUUCUACCAGCGGAGACGGCUACCACCCUCUAGCGACACCUUUUGUUAUCAAGAGCUACCAUGUUGAUGUCCCUCUUUAA